CCCAUCCUCCAAUUUAAUCAUAAUCAAAAUAAAAAUUCUUUUUUUUUUUUUCAUUUUUAUUAUGAUACCUUCGUAAUUAUUUUUUUAAAAACGAUUUUUCUUUCUUUAAACUUCAUUUGGCACCGCCAUGUCCGUCGUUCCACGGCGGCGAUCCACCUCCACCAGAAUCCACAUCCUCGCCCUCGACGGCAUCGUCAACGUCAACUCCCUCUUCACUUUCGCCGUCUUCCUCGGCGUCGCCUGGUACCCCACCGCCAACCCCGCCGCCAACCUCCUCCCCGACGACGACGACGGCCCCUGCGCCGCUGCCGAUUCUGUCGCCCAAAACCUCAUAGCCUGCCAUGUUUACUCUUUCAGCUGCUUCUUGUUCUCCAGCCUAAUCGCGUCGGCGCUGAAGCAAGCAAUCAGAAUCAUCGUCGGCGGUGAUGGUGGGCAGGGUGAGACCCACGCAACGGUGCUACGUGUGGGGAUGGUGGCGUCUGCGGUUGGGUCGGUUCUCGGGUGUGGGUUUUUGGUGGCGGCGUUGCUGAAUUUGGUUCAGAUAAAAUUGGGGAUUUUCGGUUGCCGGCGGUGGGAGACGGUGGCGGCCGCCGUGCCGUUGGUGAGUUUGGUUCCUUCGGCGCUUUUCAUUUACAUCGCGCUUGUUAUUCACGCCUUCACGCGCUAGCAUUUUACAAUUUUCAUUUUUUUACAUCAAUAUUUACUUCUUCUUUUUUCUUAAUAAUAAUUUAGUUAAAUGCUUCAUUGUGGUUAUAAGAAUAUGUGUGUGUUUCUAUAUAUAUAUAUAUAUAUAUAUAUAAACUCACAUGAGCUUUUAAGUUGUAAAUUCAUUUGUAAAAAUGUGAUAGCUUUACAAUUUUAUGCAAGUUUUGAGGUAAACUCAAAUAUGUUCAAAUGUAAUCUCAAUUUGAAGGUACAAAACACCACGAUUUAACUGUUUAA